GGUUUCAGCAGUCUGGUCCAGAUUCAGCUGCUGAGCCGCGUUCAACACACACUCAUUGUACACAAACGGGGAACGGCAGCUCGCAGCAUCGAUCGUGGCUCCUUUAAGAAAAACUAAGCCAGAAUUAUCAGCCCACCUCCUCUUGAUCUCAUUUAGAAGCUAUUGCAUAAAAAAUCAACUCAGGAGCAGAGAGUGAUCAAAGAAACGAGAGAGAGCUUCAUUUUUGUGCAUUUGAGUAGUAUUCUCGUUAGGGGUGCUAACCAGUGGAAGCGCGCAGAGGAUCAUCAUUCAUUCAGCACUUUGACAAGCUCGCGUUUGAUUGAUUGACAGCCGGAGUGGCAAAAAGCCAUGAGAUGCGCUAGUUUUGUUUGAGGGGCUAUUUUCAUACUGUUUUGGAAAAGAAGGUUUUGCUCGAUCCUUGUCGCUGUCCACGGGAAAGAAAGCGAAGGGGACCUAUUCGCUGAACGCGUCUGGCUGAACUUGUGGUGAAGGACUGGCUUCAUCGCUCGCUUGAAAGAGGCAGUUGGAUUUUUUGGGGGAAAACAUAUCCCACGUUUGGAAUUUGCGUGUUUAUUUCCUAUUCAACCUGGCCUCAUAGGGGAUAUAUAUUUUAUUAAAGGAAGACGAGGGAGUGCGGAGGGCGAUGGCGCAGAGGUACGAAGAUAUACCCCACUAUGGGAUGGACGGAGUAGGAAUCCCGAGCACGAUGUACGGGGACCCGCACGUCGCCGCCAGAUCCAUGCAGGCUGUUCACCUGAAUCACGGGCCCCAGCUCCACUCCCACCAGUACCCGCACACAGUCCACGCCAACGCCAUGCCGCCCAGCAUGGGCUCAUCCGUCAAUGACGCUCUAAAAAGAGAUAAAGACUCCAUUUACGGGCACCCUCUGUUCCCACUUCUAGCACUGAUUUUUGAGAAAUGUGAAUUAGCCACUUGCACACCUCGAGAGCCCGGUGUGGCUGGGGGCGAUGUGUGUUCAUCAGAGUCGUUCAAUGAGGAUAUAGCAGUGUUUGCAAAACAGAUUCGAGCAGAAAAGCCGCUAUUUUCAUCAAAUCCCGAGCUGGAUAAUUUGAUGAUACAAGCCAUUCAAGUUUUACGGUUUCAUCUUUUGGAGCUCGAAAAGGUACAUGAACUUUGUGACAAUUUCUGUCAUCGGUACAUCAGCUGUUUGAAGGGAAAGAUGCCCAUCGACUUGGUUAUAGACGACAGAGAAGGAGGAUCAAAAUCAGACAGUGAAGAAAUUACAAGACCCCUUGAUCAGACUUCAUGGAACAGAGACCAUGACGAUGCAGCUUCUACACGCUCCGGGGGAACACCAGGACCAUCCAGUGGAGGACACACAUCGCACAGCGGUGACAACAGCAGUGAACAAGGUGAUGGGCUAGACAACAGUGUGGCAUCACCUAGCACGGGAGAUGAUGACGACCCCGACAAGGAGAAGAAGAGGAAUAAAAAACGUGGUAUCUUCCCUAAAGUGGCGACCAACAUCAUGAGGGCAUGGCUCUUCCAGCACUUGACGCACCCCUACCCUUCAGAAGAACAGAAAAAGCAACUGGCACAAGACACCGGGCUCACUAUACUACAAGUGAACAACUGGUUCAUUAACGCAAGAAGAAGAAUAGUGCAGCCCAUGAUCGACCAGUCCAACCGAGCAGUAAGUCAAGGAGCUCCCUACAACCCAGAUGGUCAGCCCGUGGGAGGCUUCGUGAUGGACGGCCAGCAGCACAUGGGAAUCAGACCACCUGGACUACAAGGCAUGCCAGGGGAUUACCUGUCACACAGUGGCCCGGUGGGUAUGGCUAUGGGGCAACCAGGCUACGGUGCCUCCCAGAUGCCCCACCACCCUGCUCAGUUGCGGCACGGCCCUCCCAUGCGUUCCUACAUCCCUGGACAUCCCCACCACCCAGCGAUGUUAAUGCACGGAGGACCACCUCACCCUGCCAUGCCCAUGUCAGCCUCUAGCCCCCCUAUGUUCAAUCCAGGAGACCCUACCAUGGGAGGACAAUUCAUGGACAUCCAUGCCCAGUAAUUUACUAAAAUGGAUUCUUUAAAUGACUGCUACGGAUAGAAGAGGAGCUGCGAUUGGUUUUUCUGGGGCUUGCCAAGCACGAUUAUAUACUGACUUGUUACAGAGACUGAGGAGCUUGCAUCUUGGCUAUAGAUUCGGACUAAGAAAGAAGCCCGAUUUCUGUAUACUAUGGGACACUUUAAAAGGAGGUGCCCUUUGCUUAGACACAAAAAGUGAGAGAGAGAAAGAAAGAUUGAAUUUAUUACUAUAUCAGCCUCUAAAGGGGAGGGAUGAGGACAUACUGUAUACUGUUGUAAAAUUGCAUUGGACUUUCAUAUGAACUGGGAAAAAAAGUAUUGUAAAUGCUAUCGUAUUGUUCUGCAUAUUAUGUUGUUUCUAAUAGAUUUUUU